GCUUCGAAGCAGACGACGACGUGCCGCCGUCGUGUGUGGAUUUGGCUCUGGAUAAGACACAUCGCCGUUUUUCCAACAACGUCACACACCCGCACGCACGUUUCUUUCGAAAUUCCUCCUUUUCUACGCAAAUGCCGAACUGAUCUGCCCGACACUUUUGAUGCUGCACUGCUGAACGCAACAGUCUCGAGUCAUGGAGCAGCUGGUGAUAUUGAUAGCGGCGAUACACUUGCUCUACUGUCCGUUCACCAAAGUCGAAGAAAGUUUCAAUCUCCAAGCUAUGCACGACCUUUUGUAUCAUGGUUCUAAUUUAAACGAGUAUGACCAUCAUGAGUUUCCUGGGGUGGUGCCAAGAACAUUUCUGGGACCAAUAGUAAUAUCAGCCGUUGCUUCACCAGCUGUUGCUGCUGUCAAAUAUUGGAAACUUAAUAAAUUCUUUUCUCAGUACAUUGUAAGAGCUGUUCUAGGCUUGACGGUGAUAGCAACUCUGAAAUUAUAUAAAAGUGCUUUGCAAUCAAUUUUUGGUGCUAAAUUAGCAAAGUGGUUCCUUAUCAUCACUGUCACUCAGUAUCACUUUAUGUACUACUUGAGCAGACCUUUGCCAAAUACAAUGGCUAUGCCCCUUGUCCUACUGGCUCUAUACGGAUGGCUAAAACAGAAUCAUGUUUUGUUCAUAUUUUCAUCAGGAGCAGCUAUAAUAAUCUUUAGAGCAGAAAUUGCUAUGCUCUUGGGAUUAUUCUUGCUUUAUGAUAUUGCUUACUUAAAGUUAACGAUACCAAGGGCAUUGAAAAUCAUCAUACCCACUGGGAUAUUUCUCUUGGGUUUGACUAUCACAGUUGACUCUUAUUUCUGGAAACGAGCACUAUGGCCUGAAGGGGAGGUGUUAUAUUUUAAUACCAUCCUCAAUAAGAGUAGUGAAUGGGGUACUUCACCUUUUCUAUGGUAUUUCUAUUCAGCACUUCCCAGGGGUAUGGCACUUUCAUAUUUUCUGGUGCCACUAGGAAUGCUAUGGGAUUCUAGAGUAAGAAUUUUGACAGUACCUGCUAUUGCAUUUGUUCUUCUUUUUUCUUUUUUGCCACACAAAGAAUUAAGGUUCAUAAUGUACGUAUUCCCUCUACUGAAUGUCAGUGCUGCAGUAGUUUGCCACCGCAUAUGGGAAAACAGAGCUAAAUCAACCUGGAAUAGUCUGUUAGCUUUAAUUAUAGUUGGGCAUCUAGUUUUUAAUGCUAUGUUCUCAAUGUUCUUGCUAUGUUUGGCUGGUUUAAAUUAUCCUGGAGGCCAGGCAAUAGCUAGAUUACACAGGCUUGAAAGGGAUUCUCCCACACCAGUUCAUGUUCAUAUUGAUGUUUUGACCGCACAAACAGGAGUUUCUAGAUUUACACAGACUAAUCCCUCAUGGAUUUAUUCAAAGCAAGAAAACUUGACAAUAUAUGACCCAGAGAUGUUGAAAUUUACACAUUUGUUAAUUGAAGCCAAAAGCAAAUAUUCUCCAAACAUCAAACCUUACUUGAAAACUCAUUAUAUUUUGGACUCGGUAGAUGCCUAUUCGAAUAUAGAAAUCAAUUACAACUCCAUGUUUCCUCCUAUUAGGAUAAAAACCAAGCCAACAAUUUUCAUUCUCAAAAGAAAUGAAAACAUAAUUUAUGAACCUCAAAGAGCCAAAGAUAAAGAUGAAAUUGCCAAUGAUGAGAGCAUUACAGAAAAUACGAAUAAUAUGAUGUACGAUGAAAAUUUAAUGUACAGUUCUUCAGAAAUAGAUGAAGAAACGGUACUUUUUGAAGAAAUUGAGAAAUCAUCUAAAAUCAUCAUGACAGAGAGUGAUGAACAAGUGGAAGGAAUAUUCGAUAUUUUAUAUUCAAAAAAUAAUUUAAAAGAUACUUUCAAUUCAAAUGUUCAAGCUCAAGAUGAUAAUGAACCACAAGAAUCGCCGUCUAAUAAUAUUCCUCCAGAAUCUGAAAAUUCAAAUGACAAUAAUGUAAAAAUUCCAAAGCAAUCUUUGCAAGAAAGUGAAGCAAAACCAGAGAUUGAAAAUCUUGAAACAAAUAUCAAAUCUCAGGAAAAUGAAAUUAAUGCAGAUAAUACCAUAGUUGCUUCGCAAGUUGAGAAAUUAGAUUCUACCAAAAAAACUGUUAGUGUCAAAGCUGCUGUAAAGAAAAUAGUGCAGUCAACGACAAAGAAGACUGUAACAGAAGAGUCCAUUACUAUCAACAAAAAGAAAAAUGCUGAAUUAAAUGAAAACGAAACCACUAAUUUACAAACAGACAAUAUUGAUUCACCACUAGAAUCAUCUGACAAUAAUAUCAAACUAAAUGAUAUUAAAAAUGCAGUAAAAAAACUUGUAAAAAAUAGGCAGCCAAAAAUUCUGGAUGGUAUAAGUACUCAAGAAAAGCAAAAAGAACCAAGCAAGGAUUAUAUUAAUACUCAAGAAAAUAUAUUGAACGAUGGCCGUAAAACUAUAAGUGUAAAAGAUGCAGUAAAAAAACUUAUGAAAGAAAAGCAAAAUGAGAAAAAAUUAAAAUCCGAAAGUAAUGUACAGAUUGACAUUAAUACUGAUAAGCCACAAACAGUGAGAAAAAUAAUCCAAGAAAAAAAGAAGAGUCCGCCCAAGACAAAAAUAUUACAAAUGGAUAAGACUGUCAAUGCAGAAUCAGUUGAGAGCGAAAUAAAUCAAAAUCAAAAAGUGUCUAAUGUCAAAGAAACAAUUAGAAAUAUUAUAAAUCAAUUUAAAGAAUUUGAAAAUAAUUUUGUUUCAGAAGAUAAAGAUAUCUUGAAAACGUGGUUGGAUAAUGAAACAGAUAUUUUGACUGAAGACUCCAAUGAUAAAAAUUUACCUGAAACUGAAAAUGUUUCAAAAAGUCAAGACGAAAAAGGGACCAGAAAUCCAAAAGAAAGCUUGAAAGAAAUAUUAGAGCUAUUUAAAGAACUGAAAACAGAAUUGGUCUCAGAAGAAGACACCAUAUUUGAUGAUAUUACGAAUUUAAAUUUAGAACAGCCUAUUUCUGAAACUCUGAUGCUUUUCAAUGAGGCAUUGAGAACAUUAGUUCAACAAAGAAAGCUCAAAUUGACUGAAUCUUUAAGUAAUACACGCAAAGAUGAUCAGCUACAAUCUCAAUCACACAAAAAAAUUAAAGCUGCAAAUAUUAAUUCUAAAGAAAAUCAACAAAAAAGAGGAAAUUCAAAUCUUCAAGUAGAAUGAGUUUUUUGAAACUAAUUAUUGAGAAAUCACAAGACUUACAAAAAUUACUGACUCUUGGAAAAAAAAAAUAUAUUAUUGACUUUUCAUCCCAAUAAGUGUCAGUAAUAAAUGCAAGUUUAAAAUAUAAAUAAAGACUUCGAACUUGCAAUAUUGAAAAUGUACAAAAAAUAAGUAGGGAUAGAUUUUUGUAUUGCAAAAUAUAAUUACUUAUAAUGAUAGAUUAUAAUGAUAGACAUUGUAAAUAUACUUGAUUCUGUGAUAAUAGUGUUACAUGCCUAACACAAAUUUGAUGUUAUAUUGACAUUUUCAAGAAUUGAGUCAGUGUAAGCACGUAUCCAACACUUGAAAUACACAAUGUAUUGAAAGAACUGAAAAUCACUUAUGCAGAUGUGCCUUAUAAAACUAUAACUUUUUAUCAAAUACCAUGUUAAUAUUUGAAUAAAAAUAUUUUAUUGAUAUUACA